AUGAUAUCAUCGAGCACAAACCCUGAUCGAACUUACAAAUUUUAUACUGGCAAAACAGUUUACGAAUUUGGAACUGUUAAUCAAACUAAAGAAGUUUUUUUUCCAUUAACUGUUCGACAUUUAUUAGCAAUUGCAGGAGAUGGUAUCAAAUGGCUUCAUCCAGGUUCAUACGACGUUCUCAUCGGUCAACAACAUAUGCAUACAAUUAAAUUAUAUGGACAAUCGAUUCAAUGGGGAUCGAAGAGACAUGGUUUUCCAUCAAAUGAAAGCAUUUGA